AUGCAAAUCCGUCCCGUCGCUCGCCUUGGCUUCACCCGCGACGCCUGCGACGGCUGCGACACCCGCGACGCCUGCGACGGCUGCGACGCUACCGCGAAGGCACAUGCCCGAAGUAUCAAACGAUUUCUUGGAGCCUUGGAGGCACAAGGCCUUACACUCUCAGUGAGCGACGAGCUCCGACGCCCAAAAGCUGAAGCAGUGCAUGCUUCAAGCUCAAUGUCCAGUACCCCAAGAAUCCGUUGGUCGAAAUGCCAACCUUUGCUCGAACCCCAGCUGCGAGUGGCCACUGCUUUGAUAUCAAAAUGGCAAAUAUCUCAGGUGUCUCACCCAAUCCGAGCAAUCCAGGUUGAAGUGCUGUCCAAUACAUAA